UGAACGACAUAGCUGUCUAUACAAAAAUAUCUGAAGGUGACUACACAAUCAUGGCAAGUGAAGAAGAUCUAUCAAAAUAUUUUACAGGUAAACAUGAAGUGCAAGAAUGUCUUCAAGGUCAACGUGAGACAGAUCUACCCUCACACCUGGCAAACUGUGAAAAAAAUCCUAUCCAUAAAAUUUUUAUACCUGUAAAUCAGUUUAGUCUUGAACAUUUUCCUUCUGAUUACCGUGACAAUGACCUGUAUCACUUUACAAAAGGCCUAGCUGACCUAACGAUCAGGAUAGCCGUUAAGUACACCAGUCCAGAUAGACCAGAGUUUUUACCAGGGACUACAGAUCCAUAUCCUGGCUACAACAUCAAGGGACAGAACUCACUGAGGACGGGGACUGGAAAGGUGUUGUGGGUGAAGAAAUACACAGAGGGAGAAGACGAUGACAUGAGUUGUCCUUGUCCUGAAUGUGACUUUUCAGACACACCCAGCAAAGUGUGGUGGGGGGUUGUCGCAGUGACAGCCAGACAUGUCAUUUUUAAUGAGAGUGAGGCGAGGCAGUCUACCUGUAGAUUAUGGUUUGAUGAUAAUCAAAGUCCUGUGUUAAAGAUCUAUGGUUCGGCGGUGGGUGAUUCAAAUACUAAAGAAGACUUGUGUUUUUUGUAUUGUGUGUCUCAUGACUUAGACAUAGGUGAUAAACUAAAGAAGAUGGUGGACCGGAGUAAAGGUCUAUGGAAGAAAGUCAGUGAAAAAUACAAGAGUCGUAAACAUGUAGAAAAGCUGACCAUUAUAGUGUCACAUCCUCAUGGCUGUGUUAAGCAGGUCUCUGUUGGUCACUGGGUACACAGGCAGGUGGUGGAGGGUAGACGGACAAGGUACACGUACACAACGUGUACCUGUCCAGGCAGCUCUGGGGCUCUGGUCUACAGACUGGGGUGUAGCUGGGGGUCUUUCCAUCCCCACAUUGGAGGUACCUCUAACCCUAAUUCUAGUCGAUUAAAUUAUAGUGGAGUGUGGUUUGAUAAAGAAAUAUGA